CGGACCACAAACAUCGCGAGAAGAUGUUCACGUAUCCGCCUCUCAACACAAGAAAGUCGGUGGCAAAGAGAAACCAAAGGUCCACUAAAACUGUCCCUCCUCAUUAACAAUGGCAGCAGUAGCUGGAGUGAGGGCUCUCCUCGGCUUUCAUCGAUCUGUGACGCUGCAGCGCAGCUUUGGGAACAUCCCAGCACAGUUGACAUCAACCUUCCUUCUCAGGGGUCUUUGCAGUGCCACUACAAAAAGCAAUGAGCCAAAGCCGCCGCCAGUGGCCACAGAGAAUGAAUCUCUGCUGGAGAAUCUGAAUCUCAUGGGAGUCGAUGUGAAAAUGGCACGCCAGCGUCAGCCGGGGGUGCUUCGUAAAGCCUUCACUAAUGAGCAAGGGCUCGCAAAGUUUCUGCAAGGUAAAGGUGCCAGCCGCAGAGUAAUCGCCAGCAUUAUAUCUCGUUACCCCCGCGCCAUCACCCGCUCGAUUGAACACUUGGAACAGCGUUGGGAUCUGUGGAGAGACAUCUUUAAGACUGAUGGAGAAAUCGUGAGCAUCCUGGAUCGCUCACCAGAGUCUUUCUUCCGGUCCAGUGAUAAUGGUAACUUGCAGAAGAACAUUGCUUUUCUGACCUCGUUGGGACUGAACAGCAAAGACCUUAAUCGGCUGCUGACCACAGCGCCGCGGACAUUCUCCAACAGCUUUGAGCUCAACAGGCAGAUGGUGGAGUUUCUGGAAGACAUCUGUGCCGAACUCGGUGGGACGAAUCCAGAGCAGUUUGCUAAAUAUGUCAUAUCCAGAAACCUUUACAUUCUCAUCCGAAGCACUAAGAGAGUCAAGACAAACAUCGAUAUCCUGAGAGCUUCUCUUAAGUUGAGCGAUUCAGAACUGCUUGCUCUUCUUCAAGGCCCCGGGGCAGAAAUAAUGGAUCUUUCCAAUGAAUAUCUGAAAAAGAAUUUUAACAGCCUCCAGCAGAGGAUGGUUUCACUUGGCUGUCGGAAAGCUGACGUAAAAAAACUAAUAAUCAGUUAUCCGAUGGUUUUGUACAUUGGGACGGACACGCUGAGCUCUAAACUGGACUGUCUCCUAACAGGAGGGAUAACAAUGAAGCAGAUCAUAGAAAAGCCCAAAGUUUUAGACUACAGCACACAGAACAUUACAGGGCGACUAGGGGAGCUGCAGAGAGUGGGCUAUGACUUCCAGAAGAAUGGCAUCAACAUCCUGGACACAAGCCAGAAACGGUUUGAUGCAAAGAUAGAAAGACUUGGAGCCUCACCAGAACUCAAUGUUUGAUGCUGAUUUUACUUGAGUUUUGCUUUACAAAACAAAUGUUUGCUUCAUGUAGUAACAAAAAAAUGAUUUCUGACUUUUCGGAUCUCUCUGUUGUAAUCCUUCUAUAUACCUGGCAGGGCUACAAUGGCAAUCAUUUAAUCAUUAUAUUUUAAUUUGGUCAAAGAUGUAUAAAUUACAUGUUGGAAUUCAUGGGAAGAUGCAAUAUUAAAAUAAAAGUG